UCUGUGCAGUUUACAGGAAAAUCCAUAGGAAAAGUAGAAGAAAAUGGGAUUGCAGAAGAUUUCUACUCCACACAAACAAGUAAUAGAAGCAAGCGAGUGCAACCGUUUUGCUUUCUCAUCUGCUUUCCAUGGCUGCAACUGUUUCGCUCUCUUUCUCUUUGGAUCCACAGCAGUACCACCAGCACCAGCACCAGCACCACUGCCAUCUCUUCUCCGCCACCCACCACUUCAAACCCCACCAAAGCAUUCCCUUCACUCCCUCUACCUCCUCAACUAUUCUCCCCAAGUACCCACUUUCUAUUUUCCCCAAAUCAGACCGUUUCGCCUUCAAAGCCUCCUCCUCCCCAUCUCAUUCUCCCACCACCACCACCGCCACCACCACAGCUGCUGAUUCCACUACUACUGAUUCCACCACCAUCACUACUGAUUCCGAUACUACUACUUCAACAACUUCGUCAUUUCUCGAAUACCCUCUUAGAACAGGUAAGUUUCUGAGCAGUGAAGAGCUCGAGCAGCUCAAACUCCUCGAGGAUUUCAGGUACUACCAGGAAUUGGAAUCUGGGUCGAUGUGGGUUCGGGUGAUGAGGCCGGAGGAGUUGGACAUCACCGUCGGGUUGCUCGCCGAGUCGUUCGCGGAGUCGAUGCUUUUGCCUUCUGGGUAUGUGUCUGUGCUGGGCUACUUGGUCAAGCAGUACUUGUUUGAAAGAAUGGAGCUUCUUCCCAACACCGCCACGCUCAUCGCGUUUUACAGAAGAAGAAAAGAAGAGGGCAAAGAAGAAGAAGAACAACACCUGGAAGAAGUAGAAGAAGAAGAUGAAGUUGAGCUUUUGGCGGGGACUGUGGAAGUUUGCUUUAACAAAAAGGGUGCCGUUGCCUCUCCUCCUACACCAACUCCUCCCAAGAAUUCGCCUUACAUUAGCAACAUGGCGGUGAAAAAAUCGCUUCGGAGGAGGGGCAUUGGAUGGCAUCUUUUGAAAGCAAGCGAGGAACUAAUCUCGCAGAUGAGUUUCUCAAGAGAGGUGUACUUGCAUUGCAGGAUGAUUGAUACAGCUCCAUUCAACAUGUAUAAAAAAGCAGGAUACGACAUUGUAGAGACGGAUACCAUUUUGGUUUUGUUGCUGUUGCAGAGGCGCAAGCACUUAAUGUGCAAGAAACUUCCAGUCUUAACCAACUUUUCAGAAUCGGACACGUUCUGUUCUCAAGAGGAAUUAACACCAUGACUGUUUAUGUGAAAAUGAUAAUAUGUGUCUCUGAGGAUAGAUGAUUAAAGGCCUUGAGGUUGUCAAGAUUAUCCAGCUGGGUUGUCUUUUGCGUAGAAUGCUUGAUCCUAUGUGCCGAUUGCUUGCAUUUUGUAAUGUGUAUGGUAGAGACUUGGUUUGUUGCAGGUAAUCUCAGCAGUCAUUUCUAUUUGUUGUAUGUUGUAUGUAGUCCUAGGGACCUAGACUUCUAACCUUAAUGCAAACACAUAUAGUUCAAUGACCAUAUCCACUCUAGUUUUGGUACACGUGUGUUAGAUAUUGAAGGAUUCAAGUAAAUAGAGGAAGGAUGAAGGAUUCAAGUAAAUAGAGUAGGGAACAAUAGAUAUAUAUGAAACAGUAGUAUUAUUCUUUCUGCCUUGCGACUUUGUAGGCUCGUACGGAAGACAUAUAUAAAGUACAAAUUACAUAUACUCUGAGUUUACAAUACAUAAUUUACGAAAGGUUACAAAGUUUCCAAAACAUAGUGAUACAAGAAAAUGAUCCCCUCUUAGAUUGGAAUCUCAUUCAUUAUUAAUUUACAUCGUAGGCUUUCUUGAUCUUGUACACGAAAACCAACUUCAAUUUGAUUGUUUUGUGAUGAAUUCUGUCUAAUAUAUCUACUCAACUGCAUUCUGUAUUUCUCAAUCCUUAUCAAAUUCUCUUCGUGGGUCUUGUUUUUGAGAUCAUAGGUCACCAAGCUUUGAAGAUUCAACAAUUCUUUUAUUAGCAGAAGUAAAGGAUUUUGAUUAUGUUGUACCUUAUCUUCAUCCUGCAAUUAGAACAUGUGUUUGUUAGGAGCCACGGCCACUCCCAAGCCUUUCGCAUUUGUAUAGAUACUCAACUGGAGCUCUUUCACACAUUCUGCCAUGGAGGGUCUCUCACUGCUCUCCGGACGCACACAUCUUGAUGCCAGGUUUGCAAACAUAGCUAUAGAUUCCAUGGUGUAUGAACUUCGACUCAGCUCAGAAUCUAUCACCUUACGCAGUUUCUUCCUGUCGUUCAAUAUGUGUCUUACCUGAAACAUAUGAACUUUAGUCGUGUUUACUUUAACAACCUAAUGUACCUAACCAGCAUAAUAAGCAGGAGUGAGAAAAUAUAUACUCUACCUGUAGCACUAGGUUUUGAUCGUUUGGUCCCAGGGUAAUGUCAACGGCUUGACGUCCAGUCAGAAGUUCAAGAAGAACCACUCCAAAUGCAUAAACAUCACUUUGUAAAGUGAGUUUUCCAGUCUGUUUCCAAAUACACCUCUUGUUAUGUAACAUUGUUUUAUUUUUAUUUUAUGAAUAGUGUGAUCAAAAUUUCUUACAAGCAUUCAUUUGAGAUGGGUGGUUGUGAAUUAAAUGAAUAAGAGUGAAAAUUACAGGAA